AUGGGUGCCAAAUUUCUCUGCUGCCUACCUCUCCGGCUGGGCGUCUUAGUCAUCUCUGUCAUACAAUUCCUUAUCUGCGGAGGAGUUGCAGGACUUUUAUGGUGGGCGCUCUGCUUCAACCACAAGAACGAUGUUUCAGUCGUCGUAGGAAACAUGAAAACGACGGUUAUCAUAGUCGGUGUGAUCUAUACCGUAGCUGCCCUCGUUGGUUUAUUAGGCUUUUUGGGAGCGAUUUUCAAAAAGAACGGCUUUGUUAAAAGCUUCUUCGUUCUUCUAGCGACGGUUUUUGGCUUCCAAGUCGGGAGCAGCAUCUGGUACCUGAUAACUUUCUAUCGUACUCGUGGACAACCUGUCGAAAAGUGUAUCAACGGAUCAACAGACACAGAGAAGAUUGCUGCUUGUCAAGCAUUGGCCGCCUAUUCCCGUGUUCCCCAAGGAGCGAUGAUUGCCUCUGUAAUUGUUCCCAUUAUUGUUCAAGGCUAUGCAUGUUAUGUCGUUUAUCAAUAUUCGAAACGUCUUACCAAGCAGAGGCUUGAUAAAGAACGGUUGUCAACAGCGUUCAAUUCCAGUGGAGCUACAUACCAACCCGUGAAGUCAACCGAAGAUUCAUAUCCAUUGACUCAUGGCAAAACCUAUCCAUAUGCUGAUGCGCCUAACUCGUUUGGAUCCUCGGCGCCGCACAGUGGGGGGCACUAUAAUAACAAUGCGGGCAACAAGGUGUAAUUUAUGGCAUGUCACGGAUUGUAUAUUGUAAUUUAUUAUGGGACUUUUAAUGCUUAAUCAACUGGGAUGAACGAAAA